GCGCUUGAUACGCCAGGGAGAGGUCUGCGGUGCCUUGGAGCGUGGUGCAGGAUUGCCUUGCUUGGACCUCUGCCCACAGACCCCUUCCACGCUGGCGUGUGCACACAGGCCGGGAUGGAAGGCGCCAUCCUAACUUCUGCUGUGAGCAGGUGGGAGGGAAGAGACGCGAGAGAUAAUCUGAAGACCAUGGAUAUCGAUGAGAGUCAAGACAUGUCCCAAGUUUCAGGAAAGGAGAGCCCCCCAGUCAGUGACACUCCAGAUGAAGGGGAUGAGCCCAUGCCUGUCCCUGAGGACCUAUCCACCACUUCUGGAGCACAGCAGAACUCCAAGAAUGAGCGAGGCAUGGUUGCAUAUGGGGCUGAUGGCUUUAGGGAUUUUCAUGCAAUAAUUCCCAAAUCUUUCUCUCCCAGUAAUGUUAAAAUAGAGACUCAGAGUGAUGAAGAGAAUGGGCGUGCCUGUGAAAUGAAUGGGGAAGAAUGUGCAGAGGAUUUACGAAUGCUUGAUGCCUCAGGAGAGAAAAUGAAUGGCUCCCACAGGGACCAAGGCAGCUCGGCUUUGUCAGGAGUUGGAGGCAUUCGACUUCCUAACGGAAAACUAAAGUGUGAUAUCUGUGGGAUCAUUUGCAUCGGGCCCAAUGUGCUCAUGGUUCACAAAAGAAGUCAUACUGGUGAACGGCCUUUCCAGUGCAACCAGUGCGGGGCCUCUUUUACCCAGAAAGGCAACCUCUUGCGGCACAUCAAGCUGCACUCAGGGGAGAAGCCCUUCAAAUGCCAUCUCUGCAACUAUGCCUGCCGCCGGAGGGAUGCCCUCACCGGCCACCUGAGGACGCACUCCGUUGGUAAGCCUCACAAAUGUGGAUAUUGUGGCCGGAGCUAUAAACAGCGAAGCUCUUUAGAGGAACAUAAAGAGCGAUGCCACAACUACUUGGAAAGCAUGGGCCUUCCGGGCAUGUACCCAGUCAUUAAGGAAGAAACUAACCACAGCGAGAUGGCAGAAGACCUGUGCAAGAUAGGAACAGAGAGGUCCCUUGUUCUGGACAGGCUGGCAAGCAACGUCGCCAAACGUAAGAGCUCUAUGCCUCAGAAAUUUCUUGGAGACAAGUGCCUGUCAGACAUGCCCUAUGACAGUGCCAACUAUGAGAAGGAAGAGAUGAUGACAUCCCAAGUGAUGGACCAGGCCAUCAACAAUGCUAUCAACUACCUGGGGGCUGAGUCCCUGCGCCCAUUGGUGCAGACACCUCCCGGUAGCUCCGAGGUGGUGCCGGUCAUCAGCUCUAUGUACCAGCUGCACAAGCCCCCCUCAGACGGCCCCCCACGGUCCAACCACUCAGCACAGGACAGCGCCGUGGAGAACUUGCUGCUGCUGUCCAAGGCUAAAUCUGUGUCAUCAGAGCGGGAGGCCUCCCCGAGCAACAGCUGUCAAGACUCCACAGAUACAGAGAGCAACGCGGAGGAACAGCGUAGCGGCCUCAUCUACCUAACCAACCACAUCACCCCGCAUGCGCGCAACGGGCUAGCUCUCAAGGAGGAGCAGCGCACCUACGAGGUGCUGAGGGCAGCCUCAGAGAACUCGCAGGAUGCCUUCCGUGUGAUCAGCAUGAGUGGCGAGCAGCUGAAGGUGUACAAGUGCGAACACUGCCGCGUGCUCUUCCUGGAUCACGUCAUGUACACCAUCCACAUGGGCUGCCACGGCUUCCGGGAUCCCUUUGAGUGUAACAUGUGUGGUUAUCACAGCCAGGACAGGUACGAGUUCUCAUCCCAUAUCACGCGGGGGGAGCAUCGCUACCACCUGAGCUAAACCCAGCCAGGCCCCACUGAAGCACAAAGAUAACUGGGUAUGCCUGCUUCCCAGCAGUUGGACCCACGGCGGACAAUGUUGGGAGUGGAUUUGCAGGCAGCAUUUGUUCUUUUACGUUGGUUGUUUGGCAUUUGAUUUGUGUUUAGAAGACAAGUUUUUAAUGUUAGCGACAGGAUUGCAUUGCAUCAGGAACAUUCAGAACACCCAUCCUUCUAGACGGUUUUGUUGACUACUAGCUGAGAUUUCCCUGAUAUGUGGCUUCCUAACACUCUCCCCACCCACCCCACCCCCAAAACAGAGCCUGAAUCUUCAGAGAAUUAUUGAAUAAAACAACAAUCCAAGUAGGAGCAAGGUGGAUCUUGCCCUAAGCAGAGUUUAUGCCACAAAGAUUCUCCAAAUCCUCUAAAACAGCACAGCCACUGGGGUUGAGUCAUCUCAGGGAGCUCUGCAGGUGAACCAGAGGACCAGAUAUAAGGCAGCUGGAGAGGAGCAGGGACAUCAGCUGUGCGAGACCAGGGUCAAAGGCUGAACUUUGAAAGAUACUAUUAAGUCAUCCAUUGCAUGGCAAUAUGGUGUCUGGACAAGUUGUGCAAGGUGCUGAAGGGAAGGGAUUAGAGAGCCUUGCAGACUCUUCUUCAUUUGCCUGAUCACACUCAGCCUCCUGAGGGUUUGUUGCCCAGUAAGAUGAGCUCAGUGCUCUUGUGAUCAUUUUUCUCCUAUCAUUUCCACGCCAUUAAUGGCCCUAACACUCGUCACUGUAUUUUAGAACCCAAUCCUGAAAUUGAGACCUUAUUUUAAACUUCUGAUACUGUAAAACUUGUUGGAAGCCAAAGCUUUUUUUCAAGCCCCAUCCUCAGUUAUCUUGGUUCCUGUUCUUCCCUGGGCUGAUAGUACCAGGACCUGUUAUUCCAUGAAAGCACAACUCAUCCUUCACUUCAACUGAAUCCCUGUUCUGAUUAUAGCUAUGGACUCGGCUAUCUUGAAAAAUGUCUUUCCCUACUCUUGAUGUGUUAUUUUGUUUGAAAACCUGUAAGACCACUAUUCAGAAUGACCAUUUUUAGAUGGAUAAAGUAUAUGAGCCCAGCAUCUCAGUGGCUAAAACACUGAAACAAAAUAUCCAUGCUUUUAAACAAAAUUUUUAAAUAUUCUGAAGCUCUCUACUAUAAACACCAGGUAGCAUAUAUUUCCACAUACAUAGGACACAGGACCAUGCAACUUUUAUCAAGUAGAAGUAUUAGAAUGUUGUGAUGUUCGGAGCACAGUAUAACCAGUACAGGUUCCCGGAGAGGAAUGCCUAGCAUAUAUCACAAGAAGGUAGAAGUGAGAUCUGGUAUAGCCAGAUCAAGACAGCAAUGUCACGGUGAAGCCAAGUCAGUUAGCUGGAGAUUCUCAACAGGAAGGCCUCUCUUAAGAGACAGUAUUAGGGUUGUUACCCUACACCACCUCAACAAAACAAAAAGCUUAUAAUUGUAAAUGUUUACAGUACUAUCUUCACAGAAACUUUCUGAGGUGAUUCCAAAGAACUGGAGGGGAGAAUGUCUAUAACAGCUCUUGAGCUAAAACGGCCCUCUUAGUCUCAGCUCUCCUGACAUAUAGGGCUUGAUCACCACUGGUGGAGAUUGUCCUGUGAACUGUGGACUGCAUAGCACUACCCAUGGUCACUCCCCAGUAGAUGCCAGGAGCAUUCUAGCUGAUACCCAAAACUGUCUUCCCAGGUGUUUCAUGGGGGCAAACCAAUGAUCUCAAUUCUAAACCACUGGAACGUAUGGAAGUUUUCCAAAAUUAAAAAGCACUUGAAGCCUUUCCCAUACAGCAGCCUCAAGCUGUACUUGUGUCUUUGGAAUGCUUAUGAAUUCUAUAAAUCAGCAUUCGCAAAGGCACUUCAAAUACUGCUGAGUCCAAGUGCAGGGACAGCCUUCACAAAGGUAUGGCUCUUUAGUGUGUGUUUCUUUGUUUCCAGAACAAUGGCAUUUUGAAAGUGAAAGUAAAGUUACAAAUAUAAGGAUUUACACUGAGUAAAAGGAGAAUGUGAGGAACUAUAGCUGUGAACAGCUUUUGUUCAAUAUGCAGUUACAGGUCAGACUGGCCUUACCCAAAUUCACAUAUUCCAGGUCAAAACCUUCCAAGGCUACAAUUUGCUGGCAGCUUUUGCUCACUCUUGUCCUUAGUCAUGGGAGUCAUUAAGUAUGGUCCAAGGAAGAUGGCUCCAAACCUUACCCCCACCCCCACCCUUGCCACUGGUAUUCAGAGGUUAAAGCAGAAUUGUAAAUAGUGGCUUCAGGAGCUGUUUUUUAGAAUGCUUUGCCCUUCCCUCUCACUGCCUUUUUUAGCCAAUAUAAAUGUCUAUUUGCACACCUUUUGUUGUGGUUUUAUAUUGUAACAGCAUUUUUUUUGAAACUAUUGUAUUUAAGAUAAGGUUUCAUAUUAUGUCCACAAGUAAUUAAAUUAUGUUUGAAGGUGGCUAUAUUCUGUAUCAAAAGUUGAUGAUGUUUUUCUUUAGCUGGUAAAGUAGGGUUUUGCAUGACCUCA